CUUCCCCGCAGUGCUUUGGAUACAGCUCAAUGAGCAGGAGGACACAUGCUGGGGUGACCGGCCUGCCCUUGUCAAGAGCCAGCCGCAGCCCCAUGGUGUUCCUCUGACCGAGGAGAAAAGAGAGCCCUGCUGAGUACUCGCUCUGCACGGCUCGUACAACAGCAGAAGACAGGAGAACGCUACUGCCAAUUCACUGUUUGCUCUGGAGGGAUACAUGGUGCUUGGUCUUAGCCACGGCCGGGUGUCUGGCAGGAGGAGGAAGCUGAAACGCGGAUCUGUGGGGAAAAGGAAAGAUGGAUCCGGAAGCUGAGGUCACCUACGCGGAUCUGAAAUUUCUUCCCAGAUCGCAGGAAACGGAUGUGAAGAAAGCAGAAUCAAAGCCCCCUGCCCAGAAGACGUCUCCGUGGGCUUGGCUAGCAACAGUGGUGAUUCUCUGUGUGCUGUUCCUAGUGGCGUUAAUUUCCCUGAGUAUCCUGUAUUCCCGGCUCCUAGCUGGCAACAUGCAGCUUCUAGAGGAAUCCAAGCAAGCCAAGAGCAAACUGCAGCAAGCGGAAGGGAGAUACUCCCAGUUACUGCAGUUGGCGUUGCACACAAAGAUCUGCGCCCUGGAGUCCCCGUCCUCCAACACCUCAGAGCCCCGCAAUAUCAGCUGUACCUUCUGCCCCUACCAAUGGAUUUCAAACAAAGGGAGGUGUUACUACUUUUCUCCAAGUCCUUUAUCAUGGAAUGACAGCAGGAGAAGCUCCCAGAGGGAACAGGCCGAGCUAGUGGUCAUUUCCGAUCGGGAGGAGCAGGACUUUCUCAGCAAGCAGCAAAGCUUUGCGGAUUAUUGGAUUGGCCUGACGGAUGUGGCCCAAGAAGGCUCCUGGAAGUGGGUGGAUGGCACUGACUUAAACCAAAUGGAGAAAUUUUGGUUCUCUCCCCAGCCAGAUAACUAUCACAAUGAGGACUGUGCAACUCUGACCACCAAACAACCCCUGCCACUUAACUGGAAUGAUGUCCCGUGCUACGAAUUUUUCCCCUACAUCUGUGAAAAGGCAGCCAACACUCUCACCAUCUAAGCUUCCUCUGACUCGGAACAUCUUGUUCACUGUGGCCAAUGAUGCAGCGUCCCCGAAUGCCACUGGGCUCCUCCUGAGCCAGUUCAUCUCCUGUUGGACAAACACCCAAUAGAGGGUGCUGAGGACUCACCUUUGCAGCUGGCUUGGCAGAAGCCACAGGCUGUCCAGUCCCAUUUUCCAAAGGGUAUUUUUGCCUAGAUCCACACAGGGUCUUCAGAGCUUAGCUCCUAGGUCUAGGCACCGCGGAGGUCCACAAAACCCCUGCUCAGCUGUGGCCUAACCUUGUAGGCACCUAAAUUCACUUGGCACCUAAACUUUUGCUCUAAAAAUCUCUCUAGAAUCCUAAAUUUUCUACCUCUGGGCAUGCCUGCCCAGUGCCUGCCUCCCAGCACAGAGCAGGUGCAGAGAGGUGUAAUGGAAGGCUCGACUGUAUUCUGUGGUUCAGCCACUUGGUGAUACUGUGUGAGUAACCCUUAUUGAAGCUAACCUCGGCCAUACUUGGCCGUCCAUCAAAGAUCUUGUAGUGAA